UGCAUGUGGGCCGCUCCGUAAACCCUAGCGAGGGCUUUGUCUUAAACCCUCCUCUCCCCCAAAGUCAUCGCCUUUGCUCCGGCCACCGAGGCGAAUCAAUGGCGUUCUUCUCCAGAAUCCGACAUGCCCUCUACCAGUCUCCGGCUCCUUCCUCUGCUUUCCAGUCUCAGUUCGCUUUGGGCCGUUUCUACUCCACGCUCACAUCCCCGAAGCUGUUCGUCAGUGGCCUUUCUAGACAAACGACUGAUGAGAAGCUCAAGGAGGCAUUUGCGCCAUUUGGGAAACUAUUGGAAGCGAAAGUUAUUACAGAUAGAAUGUCAGGAAGAUCAAAGGGAUUUGGCUUUGUUUCAUAUGAAACCAUUGAAGAAGCCGAGAAGGCUAAAGAGGGCAUGAAUGCUAAGUUCCUUGAUGGGUGGGUUAUAUUCGUUGACCCUGCUAGACCCAGAGAGCAGAGGCCUCCACCUCAACCUGAGCCUCAGCAGUCAGAGACUGGUUUCCGUACCAACAAGACGGUUGGAUGGUGCGGUUGAUGCUUAUCCCCAUCAGUCACGGCUUCAUUUAAAAUUUUACGUUAUCUUCGGCCUAAAAUUUCAGGCCUGGAUCUGUUAGUGGGGAUGCAAUUGUUUCAUAAGUCAUUUUGGAGUGCAGGAACUAUUGAUCCUGGCGUACUCAUUCAUAAAUGUAUUCCUCGAUUCAAACUAGUUACUAUUGAAAACAAUCUAUGAUUGUAGUUCGAACACCGCA